AUGGAGAUCAAUCCAAAGUAUCCAGAGUUGUUAGUGACAUGCGGGAAAGAGCACCUGGCAUGGUGGAAGAUUUACGUGGAGGCAAAAAGAAUACAGCCUGCUGCUCAGCCAAACUACGAGGUGAGUACGUGGAGCUAUGGUGGAUACAGUUGAAGUCAUUGUGGAUACAGUUGAAGUCAUGAUGGAUAGUUGUGUAUUUAUGGUGAAUUCAGGUUUUUAUGGUGGUUACUUGUGUAAUCAUGGGGGGAUACUGGUGGAGCCAUGGUGGAUACAGGUUUAGUCAUUGUGGAUACAGGUGGAUUCAUGUUGAAUUCGGGUGUGGUAUGUAGGAUACAUGUGUAAUCAUUGUGGAUACAGUUGAAACCAUGGUGGAUAUAGUUGUAGUCAUUGUGGAUACAGGUGGAUUCAUGUUGAAUUCGGGUGUGGUAUGUAGGAUACAUGUGUAAUCAUUGUGGAUACAGUUGAAACCAUGGUGGAUAUAGUUGUAGUCAUUGCUGAUACAUGUGUUUUAUAGUGGAUACAUGGGUAGGAGCCAUUGUGAAUGCAUCCAAACUAUGAAGUGAGAAGUAUUACCCAUGUUAGAUAAAAUCAAAAUUGUUCUAACAGUGAAUGUUUACAAUAAAUUGUUCAACAAAGUUCUAUUGAAAUCCUAUAAAUUCUUCUUCAUUCUGUGGAGUUUUCCCUACAAUAAACUCAUAGCUUCAAUUUUUGAAAGAUAAUUUAUUUAUAUUAAUAAUGAAACUGAAACAAAUGAUUUAGCCGUACCAUAGCUGGGAAAUAAUUGAAAUGGCGCAUGAUUGUGGUCCAUCAAACGUUAUGUUUGUAUGUCAUAAAGUUUUUCAUGAUAAUUUAAACCAACAUUUUUUUAAUUUAAUGCAAUAAUCUCCAUUACUUGCAACUUACUUCUCAAACACGUGUAUCCAGAGUUUCCUGAAAGCACGCUACGUCACCUGCUUACGUCACAAUCAGAGAGGGGAUCUCAUCACGGGAGAUUCCAAUGGAACCGUCUACAUCUGGGGGAAUGGGGGAAAUAGCAUCACUAACUUUGUGAAACACGGUCAUGAUGUAAGUAAUGGAGGAUGUUACAAACAGCAACAUUUUGAUGUGAAACAUGGUCAUGAUGUAAGUAAUAGAGGAUGUUACAAACAGCAACAUUUUGAUGUGAAACACGGUCAUGAUGUAAGUAAUGGAGGAUGUUACAAACAGCAACAUUUUGAUGUGAAACACGGUCAUGAUGUAAGUAAUGGAAGAUGCUACAAACAGCAACAUUUUGAUGUGAAAUAUGGUCAUUAUGUAAGUAAAUGUAAGUAAAGGGGGGCGGUACAAUCACUAUGAAAAGUUCGUGGAUCAUGGUCAAGAUGUACGAAGAUUUAAAUAGCAUGAAAUUGAUAUAAUGUAAGUCACUGGUCCUCAAUGGUUGAACAAUUUGAAAUAACCAGAAAGAAAUUAUUAGGAAAUUGACCAACCAACAGUCCCUGCCGGCCAAUCUAAUGGAAACUUUUGAGAAGCCUUGAUGUAAAAUGUGAUACGUAUGUAAGUUAAGCCACUUUUAGACUCAAAUGUGUACACAUAGCCAGAUCAACUCGUCCAGUACAGCGUGUACACAGUAGCCACCUCACCUCGUCCAUUAUAGCGUGUACACAGUGCCCAUAUCGCCGACUACGUUGUGUACACAGUAUGCAUCUUAAGGAAUAAAUAAAAUAAAUCUAUUAAAAUCUCUGAACCUUAGAUUUAUAGCUGUCCCAUGUUUGUGUCAUCAUACAGACGUAAGGACUACAUUGGCAUAAUGACAUUCCUGUUUUUAUUACAUUGUAUGACCAGGGGUCAGUGUUGAGUGUCCAACACUACAGGGGCCAUCUGCUGACCGCUGGGAGGGACGGGCUCUUUAUCAGCUGGACGUGGAACAAAAAUAUGGACAAAGAUGGCACGCUACAGGUGGGUCAAACCGGGGGUGAUAUAUUUGGGUCCCACAAGGGGCCUUGUAGGUGGGUCCCACAAGCGGCCUUGUAGGUGGGUCCAAAAAGGGUCGUUACGCGUGUGUCCAGUCAGCGGUGUAACGGGUUUGUCCGACCAGGGGCGUUAUAGCUGGGGUCCAUUCAUGGGCGUUUCAGAUAUGUCCAAUCAGAGCGGGGGAAUAGGUGAGUCCCAACAGGAGCAUUAUAGGUGGGGGUGUAAAGAAAAUAGCUGUUAGUACUAUAUUAGUGAACGAAAUCUCACUUAGUUCAUCUAUACAUAACUUAUGUCAAUUGCAAAAUGGCGUCUGUGGGCCGUCAAGCGUGAGCUCUUAAUGCCCCCAGCACACCUCCACACUGGCCAGACGCCGGGUUUCCCCGCCGACAGACGGGGGACGUCCGUUCAACCGAAAACGCAGCGUUUAAAGCGUUCGCAGCUGACCCUACCGAGGGUUGGGGGGGGGGGGUUGCUUCCACUCGGGGGAAAUGAUUGGACGUUACCAGCCCCUCCCCCCACCCCACCCAGGGAGUCUUUUACUAGUGAAGAAAAGCUGGGACGACAUGGUUGCCUUGGAGCAGCUUUCUCAUGGCUGCAUAGCUAAAAUCAUCGCCACCCAAGCCUCAUAACGGCAACAAGUAAUCAUUUUAUUGCCUAACUACACCCAUUGCGUUGGGAGUCAUGCAGUCGGCCGGGGGUUUGGGUUCAGGUGGACAGUUCCACCCUACUAUUCCGCCAUGCCAGGAAGAGGCAAACUCCAUUUGGACGCCCCUAAGUUUCCUCGGAGACGCUUCCGUUUUCUCACAACGGAUACAUAGCUAAUUGACAGUCGUAUUAAUAGGUGGGUCUAUACAGUAAGGAUUGACAGCUGUAUUCAUAGAGAUAGGCGGGUCUAUAGGAUUGACAGUUUUAGUAGAAGGGAUGGUAGAUGUAAGUAAAAAUGUAAUGUGUCGGGUUGUAGUAAGAAAAGUGGGAGGCAACAAGUACGCCAUGGUCAUUGAAUGAGAUAAUUUGUAUUGGUAAUAUAACAACAAAAAAAAACAACAACAAAAAAUAACUUUUAUUGGUAAUCACGAGCAAUGUUCCAUUGAAGCUGCACGGUCGUGCAGCUAUCUCGCAGAUACCACGCAGCAGUUUUUGAGUAUCCGCGCAGCAAAUUUUUAUAAAAAUAAAUUUGAACAGACACGCUGCAAUCUGCAACCAUAAUUAUACAGUUAUUAUAAGAUAUACAUCCAUGUUUUUAUUUUGAUUUAAGUCUAUACUUUUACGUACAACUAUUGAUUUACAUAUUUGCCUAUACAUACCGGAUCAAGCUAGCCUCGUUCUGAACCACCACAGCCAUCCAUGUAAAUUUCGUGGCGUUUACUGCGCAGUGCAUGUGAAUAAAGUAAAAAAUCGCAUAUCCCUAGUCUAUUAUAAAUGUAGGAGUUAAUUAUUUUUAAUAAUGUUUUAACCGUUAUAUCUAAAUCUCAGUAAAGCGAACUGUCAGCGUCAUCGCUUGUAAAGAAAAAGUGUCGAUCAAAUGUUAAAACUGAAUGGCUCAAUGAAUAAUGUGUGCAUGCAGCACUGCCAGAUUCGUCGUCAGAGCGGACUGUCAAGCUGGGUGAUAUUUCAAAUAUCCUGAAACUGAUGACGAUGUUGUCUAUGAAAUGUGCUUUAAAGCUAAUGCAGGUGGUUAUGUGUCCACAAAGAAAAAGUAGGAGGCUUAGAUACGAAACAAUUAUGCAAAAAAAACCACACAGAUGCUGUACAGAGACUUCGUUCUUUACAAUCAUUUGGUGUACUGCGAAUGCUUACAGAAAGUGUCCAUAAUAGAUGCAUGAGACAAGAAGAAACACAGCGGAAAGUGCUUAAGAAGAAUAGGUUCAAUUUUUGGAUGACAACGACCUCUUGGCUAUCAAAAUGAACACAUCUAUGAAGGCGGUUCAAUACAUACACAACCCUAUGGCUAAGUAAACCCCAGUCCCUGAUAGCUGGCGCAGUAAGAAUUACGCUUUUGAGUUUGUUGAUUCUAUCGAUUCUUUUGUGAAGGAUGCUAUAAUUAGCGAAAUUUGCAAUGCUAAGUUCCACACAUUUAACAGUAGAUAAGAGCACUGAUAAAUCCCAGACAAAAAUUGUUGAUCUUAUACGCAAAGUUUCGGCCAAAUCCCGUCAAUAGUUACAAGACAUAGUUUGUUGGAAUUUCGUCUCUUUCGGCAUGUGACCAUAAAUCUGUGGAAUCAGCAAUAAUAGAGUUUUAUCAAGAGAAUUCAUUGGACAUACAGAAAAUGGUUAUGUUUACCUCUGAUGAUGCAUUGGUCAUGCUAGGCAAGAAUAAUAGAGUAGCAGCAAUUCUUCGCCGACUAAUUCCCAAUCUACUGGAACACAAUUGCAUUGCUCAUUGUGAAGAUUUAAGUAUCAAUGAUGCUAGCAAACAUAAAAGUUUAAUGGCAGACAUUGAAACAUUCCUUAGGACAAUGCAGACAUUGUUCGUAGGUCAACAGUACGGAAAGUCCAGUUUACCGUACUAGCUAAGGCGUUGGAACGUGAUUCCGUUACUUUUAGACAGAAAUUAAAUCAGAUGGCCUUCGCGGCACUGUGAAAGCAUACAAGUGUUGACUGAAUACUGUGAGGAGCAGGUGCGCCUGUAUAAUGAUCCAGUUCAUAAAUACUGUUUAAAGAAACUAAGGGAUCCGCAGUUUUGAACUGCACUGAUUGUCUUUGAUGAAGUUGUUGGUGAACUUUCUGAAUUAUGUAAGCUGCUACAAAGAAAAAAUCUAACGACCAUCGAGGCCUACAAGUUUGUAAAAGCAAGGAUCGCAAAGCUCCGGGCCGAGUACCUCGGUGAAAAUGUGCACUGGUCCGAAGAGGUUGCUGAAAUGCUUGCAAAUGAUGAGGAUAUAAACAUGAGUUCUAUCCUAAAAUUCGUUGAAUGUUUAUGUUUACACCUUGGCUCUCGUUUCAUUGAAAGUGAGUUGAUGCAAUGGCGAAUCUUUGAGAUAUCCACGUUAAUUGACAUGUCGGAUUUUAAUUUUGGCCAAAAAGAACGUGCAGCAUUGGUUUCUAGAAAUGCAGCAUUCCUGGAAAACUAUGACAGGGUGCCGAAAGUCAAGGAUCAGUAUCGUAACUUAAGGUUUGUGCUUGCAGAAAAAAUGAAAUGUGUGUUAGUGCAGAUUUCCGACGAAAUGGUUCGAUUUGCAAUAAAUAAGGAACAGUUCGGCGACAUUGCCGUUCUGUUGUAUAUUUGUGCUACAUUUCUUGCAUCAAGCGCCGAUUGUCAACCUGGAUUGAGUCUAAUUAUAAUAUUUUUAUAAAAUCUAGAAAUAGGCUGGCAGAGAUACAUUGAGAGAUGUUUAUGAGGGUUAAAUCGUAUCAGAAUGAAGGACAUCAGAUCAACCUGGGCGAUGUGUACAAAAGAUGGAUACGGUUGAAAGAACAAAGGCCAGAGUACCCCUAGAAAUGAGUCCAUUGAAUGACUAGCGGCCAUUUGGAUUUGGUGUGUCGGAAAUGAGUUGCUUGACCCAACGACGGGAUAAAUAAUAGAAAUCAAUCGGAGAGCCUGUGCUUUGAACUAUGGUGACAUUUCUCAUGAGAAGUAUUUAAUUAUAGUUCAUUUAUUUAUUGAUGUAAUGUUUGUACACAUAAGUUCAUUUAUGUCAUUUACGCGUGUGUGUGUGGGGGGGGGGUUGUCGGUGUGUGGGAUAUAAAAUUGUGCACACAAAAAGUUAAUUCUGUAAAACUUUGCACACAACGGUAUGAUUUUGCACACGAACCAGCAAGCUUUAGAGGGAACGUUGAUCAUGAGUAGCGUCAAAUGCAGCACAUACAUAUGUUAACAUGAGUAUAAAAUUUAUAAACACCCUACAAUCUCAGAUAUAACUAAAAUAAUCCACUUAAUAUAUCAUUACGCUAUUGUUCCAGCUGCCCAAAUCUGAAGGUGGUGUCAGAUGUCAACUUCUACUUCCUGUCGAGGACAGCACGACCUCGACCUUGGUGCUUGGGACGACCAUGAACUCUCUCAUCUACGUCAACAUAAACCAGGCGGGGUCACCUCUAGAGGGUGUGACACUAGAUGACGUGCCAAUUACACAGGUUUCAUUUCAUGAGUUUUCCUAAUGAUAAAUAUUUUUUCACGGUUAUUUGCUGUUUUACAGUACAGUCGAACCCACUUAUCUCGACCUCGGUUAACUCGCUGACCCUGUUAUGUUGACGUUUUUGAAGUUAAUCCACCAAAUUCGCUCUUUUUCUUAGCAUUUUUUCAUCGGUUAUGUCGAUUCUUUUAUUUCGCCGAACCCUAAUAUCUCGAGCACAAAAGGGGGCCAUACUGUCAACUUAAUGUCGGUUAUCUCGACCCCCAUGACCUAUCCCCGGCUUUUGAACUCCACAAGAAGAAACAGCAAACAAAAAAAAAAUGUUUUUCAUAAUCAAAAUAAUAAUUUAUUUCUCAAAAUACAAAAGUGAAAGAAUUCCUAUAUUGGGUGUUAUUUGGAACGGCCCAAUCCUAAUGAUUGUGGCGUGGUUGGAAAGCUUGUUAUUUCCGGUACAAGAUAAAUAUAGCUUAUUGUCAUUUUAAAUAAAAAUUACGAAUGCAACCGAACCUUUCAAUCACUGGUAAGUUCAAGUAAAAUCUGUUAUUUUCCUCACCUACUUCGUGUAUCACGUGAUAUGGCCCUGGCCGUUGAAUAAAAUAAGCAUUUAGAUUGGUUCUUGUGUCGGGAUACUUAUUUAAAUAACUACUUCCGGUUGCUUCAUAAACAAAUCUUGAAAACACUGUUGUGUAAAAAACUAUUUAAAAAAUCACGUGCAUGUUCGUUCUUAUUUGUUUACGCACAUCAUAUACAUAUAGAAAUUUAAAGCAUAUGUUUAUAUGUUAAAGCCAUAUUGUGUUUCGACUAUCACGAUAAUCGGUUAUCUCGACGUUUUUUUGGCAAACCCAUAGGCCAGCGACAUAACUGUGUUCAACUGUAUUGUCACACUUUUCACUUAUUUAAGCACCCAUCAUAUACAACACACAGACUCAUAAAACACAGCGAAUACAAUAAAUCAAAUCCAUACAUAUUGUCAUGAGAAAACUGAACCAAAUCAACUAGUACUCCAGUCACAACCAAAUCAACUAGUACUGUAGUCACAACCAAAUCAAUUAGCUCUGCAGUCACAACCAAACCAACUAGUACUCAAGUCACACUUAACUAAAUCAACUAUUACUCCAAUAAAACUUAACCAAAUCGAGUAGCCUACUCCAGUCAAGCUUACAUGUUCACAUAUACUAAUAAAUUUUAAAGAUUUUUUUGACUUAUCAUAAUAAUUUAUCAUGUUCAAUUAUUUUAAUAAUUUAUAAUGUCGUGUUCAAUUAUCCCAAAUCACUUUUCAUGCUAAGGUAUCCUAAUAAAUUAUCAUGUUCACCUAUCCUGAUAACUUAUCAUGUUCUCAUAUUAUAUCAUUUCUAUAAUUAAAAUAAUUUUAUAUGUUCAUUUAUCCUAUAGGCUUUUCAUGUUUCACGUAUCUAAUAAAUUGGCAUGGUUCACAUAUCCUAAUAAAUUAGCAUGUUUGCUUAUCUUAAUCAUUUAUUAUUAUAAAUUAUCAUGUUAGCUUAUCCUAAUAAAUUAUCAUGUUAGCUUAUCUUUAUAAAUUAUCAUGUUAACAUAUCCUAAUAAAUUAUCAUGUUAACUUAUCCUAAUAAAUUAUCAUGUUAAUUGUCCUAAUAAAUUAUCAUGUUAACUUAUCCUAAUAAAUUAUCAUGUUAGCUUAUCUUUAUAAAUUAUCAUGUUAACGUAUCCUAAUAAAUUAUCAUGUUAACUUAUCCUAAUAAAUUAUCAUGUUAAUUAUCCUAAUAAAUUAUCAUGUGAACUUAUCCUAAUAAAUUAUCAUUUAAACUUAUCCUAAUAAAUUAUCAUGUUAAUUAUCCUAAUAAAUUAUCAUGUGAACUUAUCCUAAAAAAUUAUCAUAUAAACUUAUCCUAAUAAAUUAUCAUGUUAAUUAUCCUAAUAAAUUAUCAUGUGAACUUAUCCUAAUAAAUUAUCAUGUUAACUUAGACUAAAAAAUUAUCAUGCUCCCUUUUGCCAGGGCCACACAGGAGACUUGAGAGCCCUCAACAAAAUUCAC